AUGUGUUCCUAUUACACAAUGAAAUCAAUCAAAUUCAGAUUAUCACUCUUAUUCUUGUUACUAGCCUCUAAAUCCUUCAUUGCAGAAUCAAAAUGUACCAAAACUUGUGACUUAGCUUUAGCUUCCUACAAUAUACAAAAAGGUUCAAACUUAACAUAUAUUUCAUCCAUCAUGAAAUCCAAGGUUGUUUCAAAACCUGAAGAUAUUUUCAGCUACAACACUGACACAUUACAAAGUCCAGAUAUUCUCCUAGUAGAUUCAAGAGUGAAUGUUCCCUUUUCUUGUGAUUGCAUCAAUGACGAGUUUCUUGGUCACACUUUUCUAUAUGAGAUUUACCCAGGAGAUACCUAUGCUUCAAUUGCAGAAUUCACUUUUAGCAAUUUGACCACUAAGGAGAGCAUCGAAAAAGACAACGAUUAUAGUCCAGAUAAUAUUCCGGUUGAUGGAACACUUAAUGUUACUGUUAACUGUUCAUGUGGGAAAAGAGAGGUUUCUAAGGAUUAUGGUUUGUUCAUCACAUACCCUCUUAGUCCUAAGUGUUAGUUAAUGUGCUGAUUUUAUGUUAGUGGAAUAUGAUAAAGUA